ACACACAGUGUUCCUCACACACUCUACUUCUCUUUGACUUUCUUUCCAGUGUCCUUCACUCAGAGCUGUGUGCUGCUCCUUGCUUCUGCUUCUUCUUCUUCUUCCCUCUCUCUCUUUUUUUAUUCAUCUCUCCUGUGGGUGAGAUACCUUCAGCCUCUGAGUCCAGUUUCAGGAGUUCCAAGAGCAGUCAGUGAGUUUCAUUCAAUAAUCCGAAGGCAUCAUGAAGUUUGAACUGGUGCUGCUGUUUGCCCUGGUUGGGUCGUUUUGUACCAGCAUACAUGCAAGUACCCUUGUUACAUCCACAGAAUUGAUAGUGACUGAAACUGCAAAGACAUUACAUGAAGAGGAGACUUCUUUAGGGGAUGUUGCCAGCAAAUCACUAGCACCAACUACUACUGAAGCUGUGACGGAGAAACCAGAGGUGCCGUCAGCUACUCCUGGUGCUUCUGCAAACGAAACAGAGACACCAGCUCACACAGAGCAAUCAGAGGCACCGUUAACUCCUACUACAGCUCCUGCACAAGAAAAAGAAACAACAGUAGUUUCGGAGAAAACCUCUGAAGGACAAGUGGACAUUUCAACCACACAAAGUAUAACUGAAGCUCCUAAGACAGAUAAUACAGCAGAUAAUACUGAAACUCCAAAUCCAGGCACAGUUGGAGAGUCACGCGGGAGAUCUUCAACGUCUGACCAAAUGUAUAACACAGAGAGAGACCAAGUGGAAGUGGAAGACUCGGAGGCUAUGAGCACAGGUCAGGUGGUGGGCAUUGUAUUUGGUGCACUGAUCGCUGUGGUCAUCAUCAUCGCCGUGAUAGUUGUGGUGGUCAGGAGGAUGGGACAAUACUCCCCCUGAAAAGGAAGGAGACCCGACAGGAAGAAACGAGGAAGAAAAGAAGAAGAAUAAGAAGUUCUGGAAAUCUGAACUACUGAACUGAUGUCAUUUCCUGUCAUUAAAUAAGUGAGCUAGGAGUACUCUAAUCAUCCAGGACUAUUAGGGCAGCAUCCUGCUUUCUCCCCAACCCUCGAGCUAUUGAUAUGGAUGGUCUGCCCUUCCCCCAACAAACAUCAAAUUCCCAUUAAUCCCCCAAAACAGCCAAAGAUUAACAGAAAGUAAAGGAAUAAGAAGAAUUUGAAUGUCACAUAUAGGAUUAACAGGUCAGAGUUGUCAUAAGGAACUAAUGAACAUAUAUAUCAUAUGAUAUUUUAAAACAAUAGGGAGAGAUGAGGGAAAUUACAGAUUUAUAAAAGAGUACAUGGUGUAAAUAACACAAAAAAAAUGCUAUAACUCACCAGCCUUAACCUUCUUUUAAUUUUAUUUUGCAUUCUAUGUAUCAAAAGCAUGCAUGCACACACAAUCACAGUCCUUGUGUCUGUAUACACAUUCAGUUUCAUGUAAAACAACAGCAUUUAAGCCCUGGAGUAGUAUGAUGCAUAAAAGGCAUCUUAUAACAAUAAUUAUAAAGAGGCUGUAACCUGUUGUAAGCUGUCAAAAGCAGAUACUGUCAGGAUGAAUAGAGCCUGUAUGAUGUCUUCCAUAAUGUUUUUUUAUGUGUAACCAGUUACUUUAAUCCUGGGAUAUAACAUUUUGACAAAACAUUAAUAAGUGUGGCAGACCGGAUACAUUGUAUGUUCAACUCUCGCAGUUUAUUAAUGUGAAUUUGAAUAGAUGUUGCUGUUUUUCACAGCCUCCCUUUUCAGCAGCAAUCACAUCCUAUUUACUUUUGCUUGACAGCAUAAUGCCAGUGUGAAUGCUGCUCAAAGUUUUGCAACCAGAGUCAUUUUUUUUGGAAAAAUUUUCUUCAAUCUGGAAAAUAUUUAAGAAGCUUAGAGACACUCAGGUCUCAUCAGACUUUAACAUCAUGUGGUCUGGCUACCAGACUUGUGUGUUAACCUCAGGUUCACUGGACUAGAAGUAACUAUUUUCGCUGUGUUAUUAAGGGGUGUGUGUUGUGCUGUGCUUGCUUUAAUAUGUGCACUGACUGACAAACAAUUUUUAAUGUAAAAGGAUUUGAGACACUGCAACUAUUUGCAACGAUGUCUUUUUUUUUAACGCUUAUAGUUUAAAUGCCAGGUCCUCCCUUUACUCUCUGCUGUCUCAUUUUAUUUAAUUGCAGUGUUUUUUUUUUUUUUUUUUGUCUUUUUCUGUUUGGAUGUUCAUCUUCAUAUUGUUUCAAUAAAAAAGUGAAAACAUGAUUAUAAA